UUAAUGGAUUUAUUAGAUAUGUAUUUCCAAAUAACUCGUUUAACAAAUGGUUAAAGCGCAAGAUAAGGAACAGCUUCUUCACGGGGAUGUCGAGCAGCAUGGUCAGAUAACGCAUGGUGAAUGGUAUUUGAGGAGUCAUAGGCGUAACGCUUAUGACCGGUCAAUUCAAGACACCAAUAUAGAGUUCAAAGAAGUAAUCGGCUCCCUGUGCGCCGGAGCCGUCGCUGGAGCGAUUGCGAAGACUACAAUUGCACCAUUAGAUCGGACAAAAAUCAUCUUUCAAAGUAAGUGAAUUAACGAACUUGCAAUUAGUUUGUUUUGAUGCUGAUGUUAGAUGACUGGGUCUCAAAGUUAUUUGAUUUUAUUUGUUAACAGCUUUUAUAAUAAAAUCUUGAUAGUCGUGAGAAAGUCGAGUUUGCAAUGGCUUUGAAACUUAGUAGUAAGAUUUAAAGCAGAGGCCGCCUUCAAAUUUUCUCUGGAUCUUGCUCCCCAAGUCUCAAGGAUUAACCUUAUGCACCUGUGACUAUAUGUUAGUUCAAACAGAACAAGUUGAAGUUGUUUUAUAGAUUACCAAGCUCUCCUAGAAACAUUUUGGUUAUGUUUUAUUUAUGGCUGAGGCUUACUGCUGGUUUGAUUGAGUUGCAAACAAAAAAUUCCUGACUUGCCUUUUCCUUUCCUCUAGACCCUAAGCUUUAUAAUUGGCUUUUUAAAUCCAUUAUGUAACACUAUCAUUACAAGAUCGGUCAAGAAUCAAAAUUAAAAUGAUCUAAGUGACAAGAAGUAGAGUAUUAGAAACAUAUCGAGGAUUGAUGAUUUUGUGAGAGCAUUAUCUGAAAAUGCAAACAGAGUGACAGCCUCUACAUAUUUACUUGUCCUGUGGAUGACGUCAAUUUUCUGCUGAUCAUUAAGGCCUAAUGGAUUGCUGAUGGGGCGUCAUAAGAUUCUUGUCUAUAAUUGGUGUUUUCAAGUCCUAUGCUUUUCGGGAUAUAGAAUCUUUCCCAUUGAGAUAAGCUGAUUAAGGCAAAUAUGUUUCUUUGCCCCUAAUGCUUACAAUGCACACCACAGAAUUUGAGAUCACAGCAACAUAAUAACACAGGAUUUUUUUAUAAUAAUAAGAAAAUGGCAACAGUGCAACACAACUAAAUCCAAAUGUUCUCCUCUUUCAUUACACCCAUUCUGAAAUCACCGGUGGUCCCUGUAAUCUGAUUGGCUCUAAUUGGUGCGAUUUAUUCAUGAAUCACACCAUUUUGCUAUAAAUUGCAUCUUUUUCUCCCAGCCAAUGAGCAGGCCACACUAAAAACAAAACAACCAAUCAGAUUUUAAGGCUUGUUUAAAGUAACCAAUCAAAUUGCAGGAAAAUGAAAGACAAAGAGUAUCGCAUGGCAAAUUUUGCUACUUUUGUUUCCAAAACUCUUACUUCCCCCCCCCUCCCCCCAAAAAUGGAUGAAUUUUAUUUCAAACCAGCUGAGUACUGCACAAUAAAAUAUUUGAAGUGACCAAGUCCUGUAUUUGGGCGAUUUCAAAAUGGAUGUAAUAAAGUGGUAAUUGAACCUCAUGUCAUGCAAUUUUGGUCUGAAAUCAUACUUGUGAUUUCAAAUUGAACUCGCGCUGCGCACUUGAUCGAUUUUGAAAUCACUCAUAUGAUUUCAGCCCAAAAGCACUCCACUCAGUUUAAUUACCAUUAUUAAUCACCAUAAGACAUGAAUUUUUUAUGAGUCACAAAGACCCAGAUGUUGAUCUUGCGUCUGUCUCUUCAAAAGAGUGAUUUGCUCUUGAAAGAAAAUGCCACUGUCUAAAACUAUGAGUAUCCAGCUGAUAACCAAACAUUGUAGACUGGCAGAAACUAUUCAUCACUUACUUAUUUUAGCUCUUUUGCCUACAGUAUCAAAAUUUUGUUCUUGUUAACAAGAAAAGAACUGGUUUGUGUGUCUUUUUGUAACAGAGAAAAAGAGUUUUUAGUGCUUUAAAUUUUAAUUUUCAAGUGGUGAUCAUUUAUCUUACUAAUGAGGACACUGAGGCAAUUUUUUUUUUUUUUUUAUACCUAGCCUCCAAAAGACAAUUCUCAGUAAAGGUAAGCCAUUGUGAUAGAUUACAAUAUAUGUAUUUUGUUUUGAUUAUCAUUAUUAUCAUUAUUAUUAUUAUUAUUAUUGUUAUCAUGAUUUUUUUACAUUUUUUAUAUAGUACCUUAAACAACUUGUUUUUAAUCACAAAAUGUAAAACAAAGAAGAACAAGCUGAGAGAGCUAACAGGGAAAAUCUUAAAAUGUCAUACAGACUUCUUCAAGAUACUUUCCUUAUUUGGAUCAGACUUGAUUAGGAUGCACGCACUCUUUACACUUACUAAGUGAACCAAGAUUAUGACUAAAAGACACAAUAACCAUUUAGCCAAUGUAAAGUGGAAAAAACAAGUUUCUUAUAUUUACUGUGUUGAUACUUCUUCACUAUACCAAUAACAAGCCUCAAAAUCAGGCCCAAUUAACCCUCUACACUGUUAUAUCAGUGUGCAUUUUCUCCAUAUUGUUCUCUAUAUAUUUCCUAAGGCACUGAUUAGGAGAAUUCUUUCUAAAAUCAAGAGCUUCUUUAGUUGGUGAUCAUGUCCUUCAUUCUCAUGACCUUAAUAUUUGAUUCAGGUGCAAUACUGUGGGUAAAAUGAGAUGCAAGUCACUUUAAAUAGUCAAAGGAUUUAAGAGAUCGUUUUGACAGUGCAUUACUCAUAUACCUGUUCUUACUUAGGAAUAUGAAAUGACUCUGCCUAAUAUAAAGUUAUUAUUUAUCUAUUUUUCAUUAAUUUUCUCAUGCCAGGGAGCUAUAAGUGUUCUAAGACAGACAUAUGUGGAACAUGGUCUGCAUGGUCUUUUCCGGGGAAACAGUGCAACCAUGGCAAGGAUUAUACCCUAUGCUGCAUUGCAGUUUACUGCGCAUGAACAGUUUAAACGGCUACUGAGACAAGGAAAGAAAAAAGGGUAAGAUUGAUUCCAUUCACAGAUGGUAGAAUUCUGACCAUAGAACAUGACUCUCAGAAUAAGACACUCUUUGGCUUUUGUAGUUCCAUCAGUGAUGAUCAUAAAAAUGAAAUAGCACUUUGAAUGGAUUGUAUAACCAUGCUCAAAUCAAAGAUUUUGCCUUGCAGUGGAUCAAUGAAAGCUUUGAUCUGUGACAGCAGUAGGCAGUCUCAUUUGAACUUUCAUUGUAUCUUUUUUGAUUGAAUGACAAUUCUGUCACAAGAAAAUGUUAUAAUUGCUCAUUUCAGUCAUUUUUCCUUGAAAGUAUGUCUGAUCUUGUUUUAUACUUAGCUAUCUUGACUGUGGUAUUCUUUAUUAAUUAGAUCAGUGUAAGAAUUUACCUGAAAAAAUACCAAGGCACAAGUAUCACAUGGUUCUUGCAUGAAGCAAAAUGACAAAUUUUCUCAAGUUCAUAUUGUUUUCACAAUCCCUCCAACCUUAACAAGUAGGUUCUUUUUGACAAAUUUUAUGAAAUGCCACAGAUACACCUAAGCAGGUUGAAUUUUUUUCUUGAUUUUCAGACCUUUGCCUCCCAUUCGUCGGUUUAUAGCAGGGUCACUAGCUGGUAUUACAGCAGCAUUCUUCACUUAUCCUUUGGAUAUGAUUCGAGCCAGACUUGCCAUCACCUCAAGAGACAGGUAUAUCACUUUAAGUUAUGUAUCUAAUUAAAUUUGUUAACACUAUUAAGUCACAUGAAGUACAAUUCACAUGCAUAUGAUCGCAUCUGUAAUUAUCUGACACUUUAACCUGUCAUAAAUUAUACAAUAUGUUGAUUUUUUGCCUUCAUCUUUUGAGUAGGAGAUCAUUUAUUAAAAAAAUCCUACACUGCUAACCAUUGGCAACAUUUCCUUUAAAAUGAAAAAUCCCUUUUCAUUAUACAAACGCUUUUGACAUAAAUGGUACAACUAAAUCAUGUGCACACAUGAACUGGGAUAAAUUGCAGUGGAAGCAGAUCUAACCAUAACCUGCUAUGUCCGCAGUGCACACCCUCUCCCCUCCUGUUUGUGUUGAGUUUUUGUUGUGUGCUUGUUCAAAGUCGUCCAUGUUAUUACUUGAUAUGUCUGUGAGUGUGAGAAUCCCAAGACCUUGAAAAUGGCAGCUUUGUUCCAUAGCAUUUAACCUAUUUUUUUUUGUUUGGUUAUUUUGAUCAGGUAUGCUGGACUUAUGAACACUAUAACCAGCAUCUACAGAGAAGAAGGUUUAUAUGUGUAUUACAGAGGCCUUUUGCCCACAAUAAUGGGGAUAAUGCCCUAUGCUGGGUUAAGUUUCUUCACUUAUGAAUCACUCAAAAAACUUUACUCUGAUGUCUUCCAUGAGAACAAACUUAAUCCUUUACACAGACUUCUGUUUGGUGCAUGUGCGGGACUCUUUGGCCAAUCGGCCACUUAUCCAUUGGACAUAAUUCGCCGGCGAAUGCAGACUGAUGGAAUAACUAGCCCUUCAAGGCCAGAGUAUAAAAGAAUGUGGACCACAGCCAAAUAUGUUUAUGCCACAGAGGGACUGAGAAAAGGCUUAUACAAAGGAUUGAGUAUGAAUUGGGUCAAGGGACCUAUUGCUGUUGGAAUGAGUUUUACAACAUUUGAUAUGUUAUAUGGUUACAUACAGAGGCAUUACAUCCAUACAAAGACUGGAUGAGAGGAAACAAAUCCUUCUAUAUAUCUGUAUGCACAAUGGCUGUCUGAAAAUGAGGAGCAAUUGAUUUGAGAUGUACCAGUGGAUGAGGAUGUGUCAAUGCUGUUAGUGUAACAAAAAUUAAUUACAGACAGAAAGUUGCUUUCCUGGUAUACGAAGCACUCAUGUAACUUCUUUUCCUCUUGAUGACUUUUGCACAUGACAGGGAUCAAGGGAGAUGUACAUGUACAUGUAGAUUUCGUAAUAGAAGCAAUUUAUUCACUGGAAUUGUUAUGUUACCUAAAGCCUUGGCUUCGGGUCGCGUAUUAUGAUGGCAUUUUGAUUGCACACUGGAAUACUUUUUUUUUUCAAACGAUGGCAAUGCAUCCCAGAAUAAAAUAAAAGCAAUGAUAAUGUCAGCUUCAAAAUAUUUAUUAUGCAUUGCCAAAAAAAUUGUGGAUGAUUUCACUGUGGCAGAAUAUCUACACAUACACCAUUUCGUAACAUUCUUUAAUUUGUAUUUGAAUAUCAUUAGGUUCGAUUGCUAUUGCCCUAACUUGCAUUUUUCGUCAAAUUUCCAAAUUUGUGUCUAUUUUGUAAAUCGUGGAAGAGUUAGUUUCCAAUUGGAAAGUUUCUGUGCAGCAUUUAAAGAGGAACAUAAAGAUCCAGA